AUGUCGGAACAACUUCUCGCAGGCAAGACGUGUCUCGUCACAGGUGGAGCAGGCGGCCUAGGCAAAGCUAUCGCCACGCAUUUCCUCGACGCGGGCGCCAACGUGGUCAUCUGCGAUAUUCACGAGGAACGACUGCAAGAGACUGCGAAGGAACUCUCUCCGAAGGGCCCCUUCCGCGCCAUCAAGUCCGACAUCACCCAGGCCGAGGAGCGGAAAAACUUGUUUGAUUCACUGAUUCAAGACUUCGGCAAGAUCGACGUGUUGGUGAAUAAUGCAGGAAUCAUGGACCAGUUUGAUCCCGUGGGCGAUGUGAGCCUCGAACAGUGGGAUCGAGUCAUUGCGCUCAAUUUGACGGCGCCGAUGGUCUUGAGCCAGAUGGCGGUACAGAAUAUGUUGCAGCAAACAAAGCCUGAUGGACGCAUCAUCAAUAUCGUUUCUGUGGCGGGUCAAGCUGGUUGGGCUGCUGGUGCGGCCUAUACCGCCAGUAAGCAUGGUCUCGUGGGCCUGACCAAGAACACAGCCGCGUUCUAUGGCAACAAGGGCAUUCGCUGUAACGCUUUGAUGAUGGGUGCGAUGCAAACCAACAUUGCCGAUGUGUUCAAGACAGGCAUGAAUAUGGAGGGUUACCAAAGAAUGAAUGCCGUCUACGAAGCCGUUCAAGCCCCCGCGUGCGACCUGAACGAGGUUGCCGGAUUCUGUACAAAUUUGACCUAUGGCAAGGGGUCCAGCGUGAUUAACGGGGCUUGUAUUGCUCUCGACAAUGGCUGGACCGCAGUUGUUGGUUGA